AUGGCUCAACUGGAACGCAAGAAGGUUGAAGUGCACUCAUCUCCAAGGUUGGAAGGUUGGCUGUCACAAAGGGAUUUUGUCAAGCGCAAGGAUAUGAUCAAAAGACAGGGAACUAUUAGGAAGCAUAUUCUACCAGUGCAAAAGGACAUACCUCUUCAUCAGCGGUCAAUCCCAUUUACAGGUAAUGAAUAUUUUGGAUAA